AGAUGCUCCGGGUGACCCGGAGCCCGGCUGCUCGGCGGGGAGGCGGCGGGCCAGCGGUCUAACGGCGGCGGCGGCGGCACCAGCAAGGCGGGGAGCAGGAGAUUUUGAAAAGAGACAUCCUCUCCCUCUCGCCCGCUGAGGUGGGGGUGGGGGGGGCAUUCGCGUUUCCCCAAAUGAGAAAGAGCCACAAGAAAUCAUGAAGUAAAAACUUUGGAAGGCUGCCACUGGAGAUGUUGUACAAAAACCUGGAAUCUUUUAGGAGUCUCCUCCCAGUCGUUGAAGGUUUGGGAAGCAGCUGAUACAGCCGGAGGGCUCCUGCACGGAUUCAAGCUCCAAGCCCUGGAGGAGCGGCACAGAGGGGGAGAGCGUGGCGAGAGAAUGAAGACACCAACCGCCCGGGAGAAGCAUGAGGUGGCAGUGUGGCACUUGGCUUAGAGGGCUUCGGCCGGCGGCAGCCCCAUGGACAACCCUGCUGGCACUAGGCCUGCCCGGCUGGGUGUUGGCCAUCUCAGCCACGGCAGCCGCUGUGGCCCACGAGCAGCAUGCCUCCCCAGCUGGCCAGCCCCCCCUGGACUGGCUGCUCACGGACCGGGGCCCCUUCCACCGCGCUCAGGAAUAUGCUGACUUUAUGGAGCGCUACCGCCAGGGUUUCACCACCAGGUACAGGAUCUACAGGGAGUUUGCCCGUUGGAAAGUAAACAACUUGGCUCUAGAAAGAAAGGACUUCUUCAGUUUGCCCUUGCCUCUUGCCCCAGAGUUCAUACGGAACAUCCGCCUCCUUGGAAGGAGACCCAACCUGCAACAGGUUACUGAAAACCUGAUUAAAAAGUACGGCACUCAUUUCUUACUUUCUGCCACCCUUGGAGGAGAAGAGUCCCUGACCAUUUUUGUGGACAAGCGGAAACUGAGCAGAAAGACAGAGACAACAGGAGGUGCCUCUGUAGUGGGGGGCAGUGGGAACAGCUCUGCAGUGUCCCUGGAGACCCUACACCAGCUGGCAGCCUCCUACUUCAUCGACAGAGAGAGCACACUGCGAAGGCUGCACCAUAUCCAGAUAGCCACAGGGGCCAUCAAG